AACAAAAAAAGCAAAAUGGCUCUGAAAAAAGGAAAAUGGAGUCCUGAGGAAGAUCAUAAGUUGAUAUCUUAUAUUCGCAGACAUGGGAUUUGGAACUGGAAUGAGAUGCCAAGAGCUGCUGGUUUGUCAAGAUCAGGAAAAAGUUGUAGGCUUCGCUGGAUGAAUUAUCUCAGGCCAUUUAUAAAGCAUGGAAACUUCAGCAAGGAAGAAGAGGAGACCAUAUUCAAGCUGCAUGAAACGCUGGGAAAUAGAUGGUCUGCAAUUGCAGCCAAAUUGCCUGGAAGAACAGACAAUGACAUAAAAAAUUAUUGGAACUGCAAAUUAAGGAAACGCUUGAGGAACGCAGCAUCUGCAACAAAAUUGGAUAGGCUUCAAACUUCCGGAGGACAGCUCAAAAAGAAGAAGCAUCAUCUUUCUGAAAGCACUGUUCCAAAGGAGACUCCAAAUUCAUCAAGUUCCGACAUUUUCAACAAAACUGAUAUAAACCAGAAUGUAGCUCCUCAGAAUAUUACUGCUGGGUUAUCUAAAGUUUCUCUAGGCUUCAACGGCUUACAAGCGCAAUCAUUUUCGAGGGAGGGUUUCCACAUAAUGGAGGAUAAUGGGAAAACUCUCUACCACCCUUUUGCUUCUGAUGAUGAGUUGCUUGGCUUUUUUCCUCUUAUGGAGAAUAUUGAUUUUUCUGGAGAGGCCCAAUAUGUGACUUGGCAUGAAGAGCCUGUUUAUUCAUAUGAUUACCAGGAUGAUUUAUUUGAAUAUCCUACUUUAUGGCAUGAUGAAUACCAGGCGCAGCAGCCAUGCCCAGUAAUAGAAGACUUGUACACUGCAACUGCAAAAGAUGAGAGGGAGCAUGAAGGGCCUGGUCAUCCAUUUGACGAUUUUCCUGCAUGUUACGAUAGAAAUCAGAUUUCUGGAGAAAUUCAAUUUUUGUGGGAUUAUCCAGUUUUAUUGUAAGUUUCGUAUGAUGUGUGAAGAAUAUAUCCAUUUGCUUUCGCAUGGUUUGCAUGAGAUAUAGAAGCCUUAGAUUUUUACAGGUCACAUGUUUAUGUCGUACAAGUCUUUAAGGAUGAUUUAACAAAAUGAAAUUUCCAGAUAUUAGAUCAUGGUCUGUGUGUCACAAUAUAUAAUUAAGAAUAUAAUGAGGUGUUGGAUUGAAUAUGAGUUGUUUAAAUUUAAUAAAACUA